CUUUACGUAUACGGAAAGGCGAUAGCGUACGAUGCAAAUUUUCUUGGCUACGUUAUACUCACAGAAGACGUCAUUGUCGGGUGACAGCCUGGCAGGUGCAGACAUGGACAGUAAUGAAACGACAGUAUUGUUGGCUUCGAAGAUCGAACAGUAACGGAAGAAAAUAUAAAAAAAAUACGGCUUAUUGGGCCUGCGACUACGAAACAGUUAACCACACAUAUGACGUGGGACGUCAACCACACAACUUCGCAAUGUCUGCAGUCCAAUCACAUUAGCAAAUCGUUCGUAAGCAAAGCUCGAUUUGGUGAUAGAAGACUGCCACAGAAAUGACAAGGGACUUGCUGGUCCUUCUCCGCCUGGUCUCUUCGCAGGGCAAUCGCAACACAUCCAGCAUAUGCUCAGGGUCCACACUGCGAAAGUGUACAGUGGACGCGCGUAUAGUUAGCUGUUCUGUAAACAAAAUCUGUCCAGGUAAUAGCUAAAAUUCCAAGAACGUAGUUGGGUCACGUUUGAUCAAAAGGAGAAAACCAUAGUGUGUUGACGUGCUAUGAGCUCUACUCCGUAAAGUGUGUGUAUUGAUAUUGCCGUUGCUAAAGAUAGCUCGUGUACCUUGGCUCACGCUAAGUGAACCUAGAAUACAAAUUUGUCAGCGCUUGGGUCCACAAUAAAGGCGACAACAAAUGACCGGCAGUGACGGCCUCGCAUUCCCGCCUAUGGCAACGACAACGCAGACAGAAGGAGGCCUGCCCGAUGUCUCCCAUCUCAUCUUCGCUAGGUGGACACAAAGUCGCGGUUCAUUCAAUCGUUCCAGACUAGCCAUGGCGUCUCGUGACCACACCUACGGCUGCCGUAAGCAUGGUUAAGACUACAUGGCGGACUCAUAAUGGCUACGUCAUGUCGAUUAAACUACAGUGCACUGUACUAGACCUUUCUACAAAAGCAAGCGCCACCUGUGGCACGCAAGGGAUCAUGGGAACUUGGAGCGCCUUAGAGCAUUACGAGACGCCCAGAGGCGGCGGUAGAAGAACAACAACGUUCCCGGUGUGCGCAGCAGCAGCGUCAGCCGGAUUAAACCAUAAGCGAAGCAGACGACGGAGCAGUGUCCCUCAGUUCCUAUGCUGCUUUGCGCCGCGCGCUUGGUGGCGCGCGCACCAUUUUAAAACCGUCCAUUAAACCAUCAGGCUUUGUUUAAUCUAGGUGGCACUGCCUGCCGCCGCUCGUCACACCCGGUUAAAGGGGGAAAUGGCCGUUGCAUUCCAAGUCCAAGAAGUCUGCAACACGGAGGACUGCCAUUACAUGCGCUGGCUCAUCAAGCUUUCCGUGGAUACGAAGAAGGACCCCUGCGAAAAUUUCUACGCUUUCGUCUGCAGUGGAGCUGAGCCGCAUCUCUCACAGCUGUACACCCAAGCCGGAGGAGGGAAUCUGGAUUUAAUCACUUACAAUAUCUCUCUCGCAAUCUUCCGGAGCUUGAACGACGAACCCGUCCCGCCUACAGGGCAAACCGGAUUUCAGAAAUCGGCAGCGUUCUUCCAGAAAUGCAUGCACAGUCCAUCUGAUAAAGAUGCCGCUGCUAUAAGGGAUUUCUUAGUUCAGCACGACAUGGAUAUAGCGAUGACAAUGGUCUUUGAUCCGCUGAGCCUUAUGGUGGAAUUCAUGGUGACAAUCGACAUUCCUUUAGUGUUCUGCAUGACUGCAAGCGCUCCGCACGGGUCUGAGAAAUUCACGAUCCAAAUAGCCCAGCAUUCCGCUUUCAUACGGUCGCGGAGCCUUAAUGCGAAAAGUGAGCAACAACGCAAGAAUGAGGUCGCCAAUGUCCUAUCUACUAUAUUUUCGACGAAUAUUGACACGAGCCUCGUGGAUAACAUCGCGAAAGCCGAAAUAGAUGUUAUACGAGUAUCACGGAGCAAUGACCAAAGUACGCGCACUCUGAAGACAUUCGAAAUAUCACAGUUGGGAAACAUAGGAGGAGACAAUGCACUGUCCGUCAGGUGGAGCACAGUCCUCUCGACUCACACCGGCUCGCGUCUUCCACAAGGUCGACAAGCUAUCAUGAGUCGAGAGAACAUCGAAUUCUUCCACCACCUCUUCGGAAAGAGGAGAAAGCUUACAGAAGCCGAGCUCAGACUAUACUUCCUAUUGAGGACCGCCAUGUACGCCUACGGAGUUUCUGGCUUCGGAGUGGAUCGCGCCCUCCAGCAGGACCGGUGUAAAGUGUCAGUACAAGAGAACUUUCCCAUCGCUGCCAGCUCUUCCGUGCUCUUUCGCACAACGAACAACAGCUCCAGAAUUCGUGCUGUCAAUCGGAUGGCUGAUGAAGUCAUAGCGGAAAUCAAGAAAUCCUUCGGACAUUCCUCAUGGUUGGAUGCUCCUACUCGACGACGUGUCCAAGAGAAGAUAUCCUCGUUGAACAAGGUCAUCGGCUACCUAACACAAUUCGACACGCCUGGAAGAAUCGACACAUUUUACAGAAACCUUCCUGGCCUACACGGUCCCUACAUCACGGACUUUUUCAGCGUGAACGAGUUUAGGACGAAGAUAAUGUGGGAUAAUAUUCUCCGGGACAAUUUACAGCUCUCUGAACAUCGACAUGUUCCUGUGCACAUCGUCAACGCCUUCUAUUCAGUGGCGGACAACGCGAUGAUAGUUCCACCCGCCGUCAUGCUUAGGCCAGCCUUUGCGCUUGGAGGUCCACCGGAAGUGAACUAUGGCGCGCUGGGACGAAUUUUGACCCACGAAAUAAUGCACGGCUUCGACGAGGUCGGCCGCCACUUUGACGGUAAGGGCGUUAACAAUUCGUUGUACGCAGAGGCGAGCCUACAGAAAUACGAAGCAUUACUUCGCUGUCAUAACAAAAGCGUCGAGGGUGCAACGAAAACGAGGAGGUCAGCAUCUUACAAGAACGAGUACCUCGCAGACACAAUGGGCGCUAUGUCUCUACAUAAAGCGUACAAGAAGGCGAAGCGCGGCUCAGAGGUACACUUAGGAGACGUUACGGGACUGACGAGAGACCAGGUCUUCUACGUCUCCUGGUGCUUGCUAUGGUGCGGAAAGUACCUUGAGGACGGUGAACGCAUGGAUGAGAGGUGCAACAUCCCGUUUAUGAAUUCUGCGCACUUCAGCGAGGCAUUCUCUUGCAGCAAAGAUUCGCCCAUGAAUCCUUCGAGAAAGUGUCGUUUCUGGUAGGAAUUGUGGAAGCUUAUACUAAUAAUGUUUCGUGCGUAUUAAAACGUCGUUCGCAACAAUC